AUGCCAUUUAUGAUGGUACUCGACUGGCGUCGACGUGGAACAGCUGAUGGAUUCUCGUCCGUGAACUUUGUGUUGCCCAUGCUGAUGACGUCGUGCUGGCUGAGGCACGGCUACAUGACGAACGAUAAUACGAACAUCACCAUCAAUACAAUCAACAUUGCCUUCUUCAUAUUUUACAUCGCUUGUUUUGCAUAUUAUCAACCGAAGAGGAAAUACCUCUACGGACAACUACUGGCAUGUGCUGCAGUAGUCAAGCUGGUCUUCAUGUACGUCGACACGCAGAGAAGCGAUGUAGCACCCGACGUGAUGGGUUCAAUUGCAGCAGCAACGCAGAUCGCAUCGCUGGCUGGUGGUGUCUAUGAAAUUGUGAGUAUUGGAAUACAACUAUUCUUGUACUAA